AUGCGUGUUCUUGUUAUUGGUGGCAGUGGACAGACUGGUCGUCUCGUCAUUGAUGAGGCAUUGCAGCGUGGCCACAAGAUUACAGCCUUGAUUCGGAAUCCCUCUGCGCUUCCAGCCAUGGAAGGCCUGAACAUCGUGAAGGGCACACCAGUGGAACCUUCGGACAUUGAAAGCGCUUUCAACGCAGUUCCAGGCGACCUCCCAACUGCCGUGAUCGUCACGCUUUCAUCCCCGAAAGAAAAGGGGACUCGAAUCAUGUCUCACGCGCACGAAAACCUUGUCGCUGCUAUGAAAAGGCAUGGCGUUUCCAAAAUUGUGACAAUGUCUUCAUUUGGAGUAGGGUCUUCUUUCGCGAAUAUCACUGUGAUUAUGAAAUGGGCAAUUUCCCACACUUCCCUUGGGCAUUCAUUCGCGGACCACAAUCAUGUCGAUGAGAUACUCAAGAAAAGCGGAUUGAAGUUCGUGGUGUUGAGGCCAGCGAGACUGACUAUGGCAAAAAAAGCGCCUGUUCAGUUCUUUGGCAACGAUGGGAAAGGACUCGGUAUUUUCGCGGGCCUGGGGGGGAUCUCGAGGGCUAGUGUGGCGGCGUGUCUGGUGGAUGCUGUUGAGAAAAGCACUUGGGAUCUAAGCACUCCUGUGAUAUCAAACUGA